CUGAGUCUCUGAAUUGUAUCCAGUUCGACAAACUUAGUGUAAUAUAAUGGAUCUGUUAAGACUCGCAAUACUCUUUACGCUACACUUAUGUUUGACAAAUGCUUGCCAGACUCGGUACAACAGAAAAAGUCCAGUACUGGAACUGAGACCUUUGCCAGCACAAAGUGGAAGUACGUUAAUAUGGUUAAAAACUUCGGUUCAAGAAUCUAUACGAUAUUGGCAAAACGAGCUGGAUAAUUUUUUGAAACCCUACAUUAACAGGGACGUUUCCGAAAACAUGGAAACUUGUAAUCGGGAAAUGCCACCAUCUAAAGAUAAAUUCUGCGAAGUAAACAUAGGUUCCGAUUUUGGUCCAUGUACACCAAAACACGGCUACGGAUACCACAAAGGAACGCCUUGCAUUUUUCUCAGACUUAAUGAAAUACCAAAAGGGUGGACACCACAGUUUUACAAUUCUUCGGUCACGCCGAAAGAAAUCCCGGAAUAUUUAAAAACCCAUAUCAAGCACAACGAAGUCUUGGGAAGAUACCAAACGGUGUGGGUUUCUUGCGAUGGGGUGAAUGCAGCGGAUAAAGAAAAUAUUGGGCCAGUGAGUUUUUAUCCAGAAAUGGGGUUUCCUGCCAAUUACUUACUUAAUAGUAACGUUAGGGGUUAUCGAGCACCACUGGUGGCUGUAUUUUUCGAAAAACCACAACGUGGAAUAGUGAUCAAUAUCGUGUGUAGUGUGUGGGCUGCCAAUAUUCCGCGUGACUUGGACCAGAAAAUCGGAAGUGUCCAGUUUGUUCUUUUGGUAGAUUAAUUACAAAAUUUGAAAACUGUCAUUCCUAAAAAAUAAAAUUUUGUACACAAA